AUGAGCUACCCAUUGCGUUUGGAAUAUGUCCACUCCAAUGGCCAGAUAAAUCUCAAGACCAUCGACUUACCCCACCUUAAUGCGGAGUCCAACAUUGCACUGUUGGCUCAACAGCUUGUGGAUAAAGAGCGAUUGCUUACGAGGGCAACCCUGUCCAAGAUUAAGGAACUUCUUCACCGACUCUUGGACAAGCACCUUGUGCACGCAGGUCACCAACAAGGCAGUGCAUUCCGGCAGCAUUCCACGUUGCGACCUCAUCAACUACCGAUGACCAACAUGGCCUGUAGCAAGAGCGCCAAACUAGUAGCCACUAGUAGCUACGACAAGACUAUCCGAUUAUUGCGGCCUUUUGACCCGCCAUGUCCGCCCACGAUGUCGUCACUUCAUAACAAACACUGCGAGAAAGAAGUUGCCACGUUGGUAGGCCAUGACGGAGUUGUGUUUAACUUAGCUUUCAACAAACCUCAUGCCACGCGAUUGCUGUCUGGGUCAUUCGACAAGACUUGCCGCUUAUGGGAUGUACAAACAAAAACAUCCAUUGGAGUCUAUCGCGCUCAUGCUGGAGAGGUCGUGGGCGUUGUGUUUGCGCCAGGGUCCAGCAACAGUGAAUGCUUUGGUAGUCACUCGGUUGAUGGCACUGCUGUUGUUUGGGAUGUCCCGACCGAAAGCCCUCAGCUAAUGUUAUCAAGUCAUUCUGCAGAAGUGUCCUGCUUGGCAUUUGAUUCGGAUGAUAAAAAGCUCAUUGCCACAGGCUCUUGUGACUCCACGGUGAGACUUUGGGACACUCGUUAUGGUAGCUGUUUUCGCUGUAUCGAGCAUCACGACGCCGACAUAUUAAGCGUCUCAUUCGACUACCAAGCUAAUACUUUACUAUCGUCGUCUUCCGACGGGACGUGCAAGUUGUGGGAUGCACGGACAGGCAAGUGUCUCUAUGACUGGGAGGAUCAUCAAGGGCAUGAAGUAACCCACGCCACAUUCAAUGCAACUGGAGCAUUAGUGGUGUCCUGCGGCACUGAUGGCAACGCUUUCAUAUAUGACACUCUCACGGGAACCAGGCGAUGCGUGCUGUCUGGUCACCAAAAUGCAGUUAAUAAGAUCUGCUUUAGCAUGCAGGGACUUCAAGUUCUCACAGCAAGUACCGACGGAACAGCUCGUGUCUGGAACGCUUUCUCCGGAGAGUGUCUACAAGUACUACGCGGUCACGAUGCUGAGGUCUUCGACUGCAGUUUUAGUUACGAUGGUAAAAUUGCUCUAACUGCAUCCAUUGACAACUCAGUACGUGUGUGGGAGCGCCAGACAGAUUAG